CAAAACCCCCAAAAGAAACAAAUUCCUUCACUGAAAAGGAAGGACGAACUCGGCUAGGCCCGAAACCCGGUCAAAAUCCUCGGUCGGGGAUUUACUCCUCCUGUCCAGGGGUGCUACUGCCUCUAAUAAUCCGACAGAGCCUUCCAUUCCCUGGUCGGGGAUGUUAAUUUCCUCUGGUCGGUGGUCUUCAUCUCCACGUGCCCGGACGCAUCAGUCCCUCUUCGUUGGAGAAGCUUUGUCCUUAAAGCUUGUGUUUUCCUGCCAUAGACAACAUCAACAAUAUUUCCACAUGGACUUCACCUCAAUGUAGUCAACACGUUCUUUCAAGCCAUUAGAUGUGCUUUGGCUCUGUCCUCCAACUUUAAGCCACUUUUUUUCCUUUCUCCUUGGCCCAGUUCUGCUCCAUUUGUCAUUGAACUUCACAGACAUCAGCUGGUGACAAUGGAUUCAGCAGAAACUCUCAAUCUCCUUUUUUGAACCAGUAUCCAUUGUGCCUUCCAUCAUGAAUAACCUCUCGAUCAUAUUUCCAUGGACGACCCAAUAAGAGAUGAGCAGCCUACAUUGGAGCAGGCGAGCAGCAUCACACUAAAUCUCAUCUGCAUAAUCAUCGAUCUAAAAACAAACCUUGGCCUUCUUGUUGACUUUGAUAUUCCCAUAGUCGUUCAACCAAUGCAGGGUGUAUGGUUGAUGAUGCUUGAUGGUACUCAAUCCCAGCUUCUUGACUGCAUCCAGACUAACCACAUUGGUGCAACUACCACCAUCGAUGACCACAGAUAACACUUUCCCGUCGACCAAGCAAUGAGUUUGGAAGAGGUUAUCCCUCUACCUUGUCUCUGUAUAAGCCUCCAUAGAUAAAUCUCUGCGGUUCACUCCAAGAAGCUUACCGGUUGAAGUUGAGAUGGCAGGGAAUCAACACCGAGGGGCUAAUCCGCUUCCAAUCCCAAAUGUGGAAGUGGGAGCCGAGGAAGAGCCAAGGACUAUGGGCUAUUACAUGGCUCCACGGGCGGCGGAUAUCCAAUCUCCCAUCUUACAUCCACCCAUGGCCUCCAACAACUUUGAAAUCAAGCCCGCUCUUGUGACGAUGAUUCAAAACAAUGCCUACUUUCAUGGGCUUGCCAAUGAAUCACCAUCAGAGCAUGUCCAAAGGUUUCUUGAGUUAGCGGGAAGCUUGAAGAUAAAUGGCGUCCCCGAGGAGGCAUUGCGAUUGAUGCAUUUCCCCUAUUCUUUUGCGGGGAAGGCACUCCGAUGGCUCAACAACCUACCGGAUCUAUCUAUCACCUCUUGGGACAAUUUACUCAACAAAUUCAUGACCUGAUAUUGUCCUCCUUCCAAGACGGCCGAGUGGAGAAAGAAGAUCACUCACUUUGAGCAAGAGGAGGAUGAGACAUUGAGGGAUGCAUGAGAAAGAUUCUUCGACUACUUCCUCCAUUUCCCUCACCAUGGACUCGAGGAGCAAUUUCGCAUAGAGAAUUUCUAUCUCAUUCAAGAUGACAAGAUUCUCAUCGACUAUCUUCGCCAAGGGAAUAAAUUCCAGUAUAGAGCAAUGAAUUGAUUGACUCUCACACAAUCGAUUCACCACUUCUAAAUAAGGAUUCUCUAUUAACCUAUUCAGAUUCUAUCAUUCUAGGUUAUAGCUGGAAACAUACAAGUUUGAUCAAGACUCAUAAAUGUCUAGAUAAAAACCUCAAUAUAAUCAUCAAUGUACUAGAAAAGGGGUUCAUACAACUGCUCUUAACAUGCAUAACUAGGGUUCUUUAUACCCAAGUGGUAGAGAAGAGUUUACUCCAUGGAUAGAAGGGAAAACACCAAGCUUGGAAGAGAAAUAAUCUUAUGAGGGGUGAAAAUCUGCUCCAGGCUGGAAAUCGGCACUCCAAGGGUGAAAGAUCGAGCUCCAAUGUCCUUAGAUCGCUCCAAACGUUCCCACUAUUUUUUUCGUCACUUUCUCUCUAGGGCUCUCUCUUGCUGUUUCUAAACGUUAAAACCCAUAUCCCUUCCUUUCACCCGAGCUGGCCUUUUAUUUGCUGGAGAAUUGUGAGCUACGGCCAAAGUUACAGCCGUAACUCCCUUGCCCAGCCCAUAACUCUCCACCAAACGACGUCGCUGUUUGCACUCCGUAACCAAGAGUUACAGCUUCCAAGGAGAAGUUAUGGUUGAUACCGUAACUUUGAAGGGGAGGCUGUAACUUUAAAAACACUUCUGGAACCUUGGCCUCACUUCCUUAGAGUUACGGGCCUGGAGGAGAAGUUACUCUUGAGACCGUAACUUGGAGGGGGGAGGCAGUAACUUUAAAAACGAUUCUGGAUCUCCGGCUCUGUUACUCCAAAGUUAUGGGGUGCGCAGGCAAGUUAUGGGCCAGACCGGAACUUUCAGGGUCUGGCCGUAACUCUCCUUUGCUGUCUGCCCGAAUGCUCCAAAACGUUCUAAAACUCGCUCCUUUGCACCUAUUCACGUACUAGGACCCAGAACAUCAUAACAUGACAUAACCUAGCGUAAAAUAGGCCACAAGUUAGUUUUAUCAAAUUCCCCCACACUUAACCGUUUGCUUGUCUCCAAGCAAACCUGACUCAAACCAAUGCAACUAUCUAGAUCUUUACAGCAACAUGCAACCACGAUCGUCGGUAGAGGACUUCCUAGGUCAUUUGGCAACUUACGAGGUCAACCAAUGUGCAAGACAUCGCCUAGCUCCUUCGGGGAGAACUCUAGUCCCGAAUCGCGAUCAUGCCAAUUAGUGUCAUAAAAAAGUGAUCCGUGGAUAAAGCGACUCUCAAAAUAGAAGAUCAUGGACCCA